AUGGCUUCAGAGAAACGGGCUAUUAGCCCAAUGCUGUUAUUCUCCCUUGGUCUCCUUGCUCUCUCGGCUUUCAACUAUGGACUCAGUGAUCAGGCGUUCUCGUCCUGUCAGGCUAUGGAUGCCUUCAUUGAUACUUUUGGAAAAUACGAUGCUUCGACGGGCAAGAAGGCAAUUCCAGCUUUGGACUCAUCCUUGUACAACAGUUUGAAGGCUGGUGGACAGAUUAUUGGAGUUUUUAUCGGUAGUUGGGUCAGCAACAGAUGGGGUCGUCGUAUGUGUAUCUGCUCUAUGAGCAUAUACGCACUUGGUAGUGCCUCUGUGGUUGUGAGCUCUUCAACUCAAGCUCAGCUUCAGACUGCCAGAACCCUUCACUAUAUCUACUUGGGUAUGCAAUUGGCUGUUAUCCCUACCUUCCUGACCGAACUGGCACCCGCCAAAAACCGUGGUGGAAUGGGUGUUAUCUACUGGCUUAGCAUCAAGGCUGGUGGUCUCUUCAUCACCGGCAUCGCACGGAAGACCAAGUACUUUACUACCAACGCUGCCUGGAGAAUUCCAUUCGGUCUUAUGCUUGUUAUUCCCUUCUUCGUUGCCUUCUUGGUCUGGUUCAUGCCCGAAUCCGCUCGUUGGUACCUCCUCCGUGACCGCCAGGAGGAUGCUCUGAGGUCUCUCACUCGCCUGAAGCCCAAGAAUACCCCUGAGGAGGUGAUUCAGGAGGACUGCCUUGUUCUGUCUGGCAAGGUUGCGGAACAGCUUCAGAAGAAGUCAUUCAAGGAUCUCUUCACCCCUCAAAACAGACAGCGUACUUUUGUUGUUGUCGUUUCGAACUUUUUCCAGCAGGCUACUGGUCAGGCAUUUGCCUCUCAGUAUGGAACAGUCUUCGUCAAGGAGUUGAACUCGGUCAACCCUUUCAGCGUCACUCUCGGUACUAAUGCCGUUGAUAUCGGUGCUAUUAUCAUUGCUGCAUCUUUGAUUGAUGUUAUUGGUCGUCGAAUCCUCUUCCACACCAGUUCUAUCCUUCAGACUGCGGCCCUGAUGACUAUGGGUGGUCUUGGAACUGCUGAUUCUAGCAACGUCAAUGCUAAGGAGGGUAUUGUCGCCAUGCUUCUGCUCUUCAGCUUCAGUUGGUCUCUUGGCUGGGCUCCUCUAGUAUACGUUCUUGGUGCCGAGCUUCCUUCUUCUCCUCUCCGUGAGAUGACACUGCAAAUUGCGUAUACCGUCAAACUUGUCACAGAGUUUGCUGUCACUUUCACCUAUCCUUACAUGGAAACUGCAGACACUCCACACCAUGUUGACCUCGGUGGUAAACUGGGUUUCAUUUAUGGCUCAUUGUCUGCGCUGGCCUUUGUUUUCAGUUGGUUCUGUAUCCCAGAGACAAACCGCCUGGAAAUUGAGGACAUUGACAAGGAGUUUGAUGUGGAUGCUAAGUUCAAGGAUAUCGAGGAACAGAAGGCAGAGCGUACUACUGUGACAGAGUUGCCCAACUGA